GAUUCAUAACUUUAGAUACACAUCCUUUUCCUCAUCUUUCUCCAAAUUUGUUACUUCCACAUAAUUGUGGCUCUUAAAAUUCCACUUUUUCAACUAGUCAAAUACACCAAAAUCCAAGAAAGAGUAAACAUAGCACUAAAAAUAGGGUGUUUUAUUGUUUAUAUACACUUAACACAUAUUUCCUCUAAAUUACAUUUCAAGAAUUGGAAAAAUGGUGUUGUCUACAUUGUUUAAAUUUCUUUACCCCCCACCCCCAUCUUUGUUCAUCACUACAAUGUCUUUCAUAAGCUUUGCUUCAUUAGCAAAUGCUGGAUUUUCAGAAAUCAAAGGGAAGAAUAUGCAGUAUUCCAAGUUCUCUGGAACAACAAAAAUUGAAAAUGAUGAGAAGAAGGCAAGAAUUGAUAGUAAAAAAGGGAUGCUUUUAUUGUAUAGUCCAGCAUUUCUUGCUGUUAUUUCCUCUUUUGCAAUUUUCCCAUAUGACGAUUUAAGAUUUGCUUUGGUCUGUUCUGCUUUAACCAUACAUUUCUUCAAGAGAGUCUUAGAGGUCCUAUUUGUUCACAAAUAUAGUGGUUCAAUGGAUAUUGAAGCUACAAUUGUAAUAUCAUCUAGCUAUUUUCUCUCCACAGUUACCAUGAUUUAUUGUCAACACCUUACUCAAGGUUUGCCAGAGCCAUCUAUUGAUCUCAGAUAUGGUGGAUUCAUAAUAUUCUUGGUUGGUAUUAUUGGCAACUUUUAUCAUCAUAUUUUGCUCUCCAAUUUGAGGACAAAGGGUGAAAAAGAGUACAAAAUUCCUCAAGGUGGCCUAUUUGAUUUUGCAAUAUGCCCACAUUAUCUCUUUGAGAUUCUUAUAUUUGUAGGAAUUUCUUGCACUUCUCAAACAUUAUAUGCAAUUUCAUUCACUUUGGGCACUGCUCUUUACUUGAUGGGCAGGAGCAUUGCUACAAGAAGAUGGUACAAGUCAAAGUUCGAUGAUUUUCCAAAGGCUAUUAAGGCACUCAUUCCUUACAUAUUUUAGGCUACUUGCAAGGACUUUCACUUUUUGUUUAUGUGCCUAAAAUUUUUAUGUAGAUCCUUUAAAAUAUGGUGAAUCUAAUAAAUGGUGAAUCAUUUUGUAAGCGGUACA